AUGUCAUAUAAUAAGGCACAAGAUUCGUAUGCUCCUCCAACCGGUGCCCCACCAAAUUGGUCGGAGAGUAAUAAUGCUUCAUCUGGGGGAUAUAUACCUCAAGCACAACCAGCUUAUGGCCAACAGAAUCAAGAUAGAGGUUGGGGAGGAGGCCAACAACAAGGAUAUGGCGGAGGAUAUCAACAAGGAUACCCACAACAAGGGUACCCACAACAAGGAUACCCUCAACAAGGAGGGUACUAUCAACAACAACAGCAGCCUAUGUAUGUGCAACAAAAACAUAGUAGUGGUGGGGGAGAGAGUUGUUUGAUGGGGUGCUUAGCAGCGUUAUGUGUGUGCUGUACUUUGGAUGCAAUCUUCUAA